UGAGUCAAAGAGCACAUGUACUUAGGUGUACUUGGGGGUCCUGGAGGACCUGUACCUGCACACGUUGGACCAAGAACAUCUCCAUCACAUGAGAAGUCACAGCUUGAAGAUUCAGUUGCUGAGACUAUUCGAAAAUAUUUUCCUGAAACCUGGAUCUGGGAUUUAGUCACAGUAAACUCCUCAGGAGUAGCUGACAUGGAAGUGACGGUCCCUGACACCAUCACUGAGUGGAAGGCCGGAGCCCUCUGCCUGUCCAACGACACUGGACUUGGCCUCUCCCCUGUGGUAUCUCUCCAAGCCUUCCAGCCCUUCUUCGUGGCGCUCACGAUGCCCUACUCUGUGAUCCGUGGAGAAGCCUUCACGCUCAAGGCCACUGUGCAGAACUACCUUCCUUCGUGCAUCCGGGUGAGAGUGGAGCUGGAAGCCUCUCCUGAUUUCACAGCUGUCCCAGUGGCAAAAGACCAAGAUUCUUACUGCCUCUGUGCCAAUGGGAGGCACACCGAAUUCUGGUUGGUAACUCCCAAAUCUUUAGGGAAUGUGAAUUUCUCUGUGACUGCAGAAGCACGACAGUCCCCAGAGGCCUGUGGCUCUGAUGUGCCCACAGUGCCUAAAACAGGGAAAAGGGACACUGUUGUCAAAGUCCUGAUAGUCGAGGUGAGUAGACCUCCUUGACUGGCAGUGUGCUGA